UUCAUCUCAACCAGUAACUUAUAAGUUAACUUAUACUGUUCACAUAGAAUAAAUAAAAAAGUGUCAUAUUACAACAGCUUUAUACAACUAUCAAGAACCAUAAGCCUUACGGUACUGUACCCUACCAAUUUCAGUCAGUUCGCGCAUUCUUUGAUGCUCUCUAAAACACAGCGAGACAACCUAUAUUCCAUAAACUAGUUUAUGUUGUCCAAACACAAUAAUUGUUCAUAAACAAUACAUCAAAUACGACCUCCUUACUCAGAAGGCUGUUAUUCAUACAAAUAUUCUCGCUUUUAUUAUUCUUAUGUUACUCCUCUUUGUAGUGUGUGUGCGAAAUAGUGUAAAAAAAAGUUGUAAAAAUGUGACAGAAUUUGAGCCUGAUUAAGAAGUUUGAACUUUAUUACUUUAGACGUAGAUAUCAAAGUCUAAAUUGUUAUUAAAUGCAGAUAAAAAUAAACACAAUACAACUUUUUUUUUCUAAAAUAACGUUCCAGUGUUUCAAAAUUAGAACACAAGUUCAAAACUGAAUGCAUAAAUGAUGACAAUGAAGUAAUUUUUACUGUUGCCGCCUCCGUGAAGUGGGUUACGAACUUUUAAUUUUAAAAUUAGAACCCGAGUUUUUGUUUUUAAUUUGUGACAUUAAAUUCUAAAUUUAAAAUGUAUAAAUGUGUGCAAGUGUGUGUGUUAUGUUAUGUGUGUUUUGUAGUGUUCAUCCUUAUAGACUAUAGUAAAGCUAAUGAUCCAGGUCACCAUAUACAUAGGAGAUACCUAAGCUUAAGGAAUAUGUCUCAUUUCUUUCUCCGUUUCAACUUCAAAGUGAACAUGGUGCCUUGGACGCAGAUAUUUGCCCAAGCUCUCGGGUUCCGUAUGAACUGGGACACUCCGCCUGACACCUUCCAUCCAUACAGGAACCAUUUCAUACAUAGACGCACUCUGUAUAGUCAUACCGAGGAAUUAUUGGAUAAGAACGGCCUGAAUGGAUUCCACUGCGUUCGUCGGGCCAUUUGUGAAAUGGAAAUGAUAGAAGAACCACGAAAAAUGUACCACAAACUUUUAAAAAUGGUUUUCAGGCAGCAAUCAUCAGACACGGACAGAUGGCACAACAGAACGGCAGAAGAUUGCAAACUGUCUCAGUUAUCCUGCCCAUUCUCUUUCCUGGACGUUUCAUUGUUUACCGAUACUGUUUAAAUAAAGUUAUUAAAUUAGUAACUAAUUUAGUCAUGUAAAUAUUUUAGGUAAUAAAUUGUGUUCUUAUUUUAUUCUCCUUCAAAAUCCCUGGGCUGCAAGACAUUUGCAGAACUA